AUGGACUUUGGUUAUGAUGAUGAUGAUGAUGAUGUUGCCGAUUUGCAUAAUGUUGCUGAUUAUGAUGAUGAUGGUUUUGAGGAUGGGUUCGUAAAGGGAUGCAGACUAUUAAUUGGUGUAGAUGACUGCCACUUAAAGGGUCGAUAUGGAGGUAUUCUUUUGUCAGUGGUCUCAUAUGAUGGGAAUAAUGAAAUCUUCCCUGUGGCAUAUGCUGUAGUUGAAGUUGAAUACAAAGACAACUGGAUUUUUUUCCUUGAAUGUCUACAUAAAGCUCUCGGUACGUCAUCUGAUGAUAUGGCUCUAACUUUAAUGUUUGACAAACAAAAGGGUUUAUUGGAUGCCAUCAGUAGAGUAUUCCCUUAUGCCCACCAAAGUUAUCCAGUAUCUGGUCCAAGCACAUCGGAUAUGAAGACAAGUUUAGACAAAGUACAACAGAAAGCAAGAGAAUGCAUUAUGCACCAAGCCAAUUCACAUUCAUUUGAGGUGGUAGAUAUGCGUGGUGGCAAGGUUGUGGUGAAUUUGUCAGUUAAUACAUGUGGUUGUAGGCUUUGGGAUUGUACGAGGUUGCCAUGCAAACAUGCAGCAGGAGCUAUCACACACAAUAAGGAGUCACUUCAAGCUUAUUGCAGUUCAUACUAUAGUGUCAAUAUGGAUCUCAAGGCAUAUAAUGAGUUCAUCGAACCACUACCAGCAUUGGCUGAUUUGAUGAUUGAUACCAACUUUGAGAUUGUCCAACCUCCACUACUUAAGAGAAGACCUGGUAGACCUCGAAAAAGUAGGAAAAGAAAAUUCGAUGAGGGUCCUGCCAAGAAUAAAUCUUCAAGUUUGAGAUGUGAUAUCUGCAACAUACUUGACCACAAGAGGAGAACAUGUCCUCGCAGUGACGAACAAUCGAAGAAAAAUAACAAAACAGGAAAGAAGCAAGGGGAUGAGAUUCAACAUGAAUGUAGUAACUCCCAAGUACUAACAAGGUCACAAGCAACAUAUCAGCCUACACAACAAACAAUUCAGGAUAGAGCUUUAGCCCAGCAUGCUAUUAAGAACUUGAAAUGGAGGACCAAAUAUGUUAAGAAGAAGUAG